UGGCGCCGUCUGUGGGAAUCUGUCCAAAAAGAUUACAUGUGUUCUUCAGUUGUUCUGCAAAGAUUCAUACGAAAAUGACUGAUUUCAAACAAAAAAAACAAAAACAAAAAUGCUCGAAGCACCCAGAUCUAGAGAUAAUCGGAAGAAGCAAGAAGCUGUGAAGCCCAGAACUGGAUUCUUUCGUGGUCUUGUCCAGGGUCGCCGGAGCCACCGUCCCCGCUGCCGUGGCUACCACGGUGAGGUUUAUCCACACCGGACAAAGCUCUCCGAAGGGCCUCCAUCCGAAGCAAGCCGGAGGACGACGGGAGGAAUUCUUACCAAGACAUGUUGCAAGGAGAAUAUAUAUGUUGUGGGGUCCAAGGGCAUUCGAUCAAGCUCCUCCGAUCAAUCAUCUGCAAAGGAGGCAGACAAUGAUUUGAUAGGUGGGCCACGGUUGACUACUGUGACCAAGUGGGAUCAGACGCUCGGCCGUAGGCUACCACUCGGCCUCUCAGACGCACCCCGAGGGAAGUUAGGACACCUUAUAGGCUGGCCGCCUGGUUUUCCCCAGCCAUGCCGGUGCUCGACGCCGCUCGGCUCAACUGCCGUUGGUUUGCAGCCCGGCGCGUAUCCCUGCUCAGCUCUUAUCACCCCAGGUUAAUCCCUUAACGGCAGCAGGGGAGGAAGUGUCCAGUUCCCGUCCAGAGCAACUGCUCUCACCGCUUGGCUUAUGGUCGGAGCCCGCACGACCCCAUUGCCGCCCGGUUUCCCACACUUCGGGGGCCAGCUUGGGCACCAUGUUGCUCGCCGCCCGGCUUCCGAGAUGCUGCCCGACGGUGAAUGUAGCUCGGUUAGAGAUACACUAACAGCCCUGGAGCACACAGUGCAAUUUGCUUUCCAUUUCAACACAACACCCGGCACAGCCCGACGAUCAACGACUACAAUGUACCACCCUGGUUGGCUCACCCCUGUAGCUUCAAGUUCAGAGUCAGUUUUCUGUGGCGACGUUCGGCCUCAAACCGUCUCAGUUCAGUAACCACCUCGAUCGCGAGCUGCACCUUGUAAGCUCGAAGCCGAGGCUGGUUGUUGCUACAGCUUGUAAGAUCAUUGCUACUCUUCCAGCCUUGAUCGUGGGAGGAAGCUGCCAGCUUGCAGGUUUGUGGCAGCAUGCAGUAAGUCAGAUAUAUUGCCCAAAAAAUGGGUGAACGUACAGAGCAUAUACUUCAUAUGUAUGUAUGGACGGCCACACCAAGGAGAAGUAAUGCACUCCGCCUCAAUGGUUCGGAAAGCAUUGAUGAGCUUUAAACACUAAAUUGGUUAUGGCGAUGGGAUUGGGUGUACAGAACUAACAUGAUACUUGCAGCGCUUGCAGCUACUCCAUACGUACUCCGUAUGGUGGUUAAUUAAUUUUCUAUUUUGACCUGGUCAAUCCCCUUCCAAAUGAAAGAGGGAGGAAGGGAGAAGCACGGCUCCUACUCACUCACCGCUCGUCCGAAGCUAAAUCUUCACUGAACGUCCGCAGAGAUGAAGCCACCCUUGCUGCCGUUCUUGUCUCUGAACGUCGACGUCUCUUCCUCCCAGAGGGCCCAAGGGGGAGGAUGCUGGGGACGUGCUGGCUUGAAAAAAUGAAUUGGGAAAAACUCAAUGAUAGUGAGGACGAACCUCCUGAUCAGGCGAGCAGAUGCCAUAGGAAACAUUGGACCAGCCCCGCCGCUCGGCCUAUGGCUGGCCGCCGCGGCUUACGGCAGGCCGCCGCUCGGCUUAUGGUUGACCGCCACCUGGCCUAUGGCUGGCCGCCGCUCGCUCCUAAUACCGCAAGUUGCAGGCCUCCACGCUCGUCUCCGGAUGAUGCCAUCCUUAAUACGUUCGUCUUGGGGCCAAGCUUAUCUAAAAAAGUGUGCUUCGUAUUUCAGCUGCCACGUCCGCGAGAUUUGGACCAAGUAUAAGCCUGAUUUCCUUUAAGAGUUUUG